AUGGCUCCUACAGUUACGGCCCUCCAGUUCUACGGCCCAAAGGAUGUGAGGUUGGAACAGGUUCCUGCAGCAAUAUGCCGCCCGGACGAAGUCCGAAUCCAAGUCGCGUACUGCGGAAUCUGCGGUUCAGACAUCCACGAAUACCUGGGAGGCCCGAUCUUCUCGCCAGCAGAGGGCGAAGCAAACCCGUACACCGGCCAGCGACUGCCCGUCACGCUGGGCCACGAAAUGUCCGGAACGAUAGUCGAGCUGGGAUCCUCGGUGUCAGACCCGAACCUGCGAGUCGGCACUCGAGUCGCAGUAAAUCCGGCGCUGAAUGAUCGUCACCACGGGGUGGACCCUUGUACAGCGUGUAAAUUGAGCCUGCCGAACAUCUGCAAGCGGUAUACCUCGCAUGGUUUCAGUGCUCCAGGUGGGGGCCUGGCGUCGGAGAUUGUCGUUAAGCAUUACUCGUGCAUCCCGCUUCCUGAUUCUGUCUCGCUCAAGGUGGGCGCCCUCAUGGAACCGCUUGCUGUUGCGUGGCACUGCGUGCGUAUUUCGGGAUUCCAAAAGGGACAGACUGCUUUGAUCCUGGGUGCUGGUCCUAUUGGACUGGCUAUUCUCAUGGUCCUCCGGGUGUGGGAGGCGAAGACGGUGGUAAUCAGCGAGGUCACGGCGUCACGCAAGCAAAUGGCUCGGGACUUUGGGGCUGAUCUUGUUGUCGAUCCGACCGAGUCAGACACGCCGAAGGGAGGUAUUGAUCCUGUGGUUGCUGCGACUCAAGCUGCUGUUCAAGCAGACGGUGUGGACGUGACGUUUGAAUGCACAGGGCUGCAGACCACGCUGGACACAGCCAUUGCUGCGACACGGCCUGGAGGGACUGUCUUCAACAUCGCUAUUCACGAGAAACCGCUGAUGGUGAACCUGAAUGACCUGACGUUGGGGGAGAGACGUCUAACCGGGGGGAUCUGCUACACGGAAGAUGAUUUCCGGGGGCUCAUCGCUGCGUUGGAGGCAGGUAAAAUAGAGGCAGAGAAGCUGAUUACUUCUGUCGUAGACUUGGACGAUGUUAUCAACAAGGGCUUGCUCGAGUUGAUUCAGAAUAAGGCAGCGCAUGUUAAGAUAUUGGUCAAGCCAAAUCAGCCACGCUCAGUGCGUCUAUAG